AUGAGAGUAAAUAAACAAUCAUAUAAUAGUAGUAGUUCAGAAUAUAAUACAGCUAUACCAGAUACAACAGAUCUCUAUUCUACAGAGACAAUAAAGAAAUCAAUAUCAGCUUAUGUUCUACCUGAACAACAUAGUAAUUCUACGUCGUCAUUACUAUUAGAUAUAAAUACAACAAGUCAAAAUGAUUAUUCAAGAUUAUUAUCAUAUGAAUUCAUAGCAAUAGUAGAACAAUCCUAA